AUGGAAAAGUCUCAUCGCGCAAAUGUUAUUGUAACCUCGUGUCUGAAAACGCCGGUAGAUCCGCACACUAAAGUGCCAAUGGCUUUGUAUGAGAGGGAGCGCUCUUUGCCAUACGCUGGCGAGCAUUUGGAUAACAAGGACUACGAGAAGGAGAUGGAGUAUGACUCAGGGUCGGACGUUGGGGUCGGGGACUCCCCGGGGAAGGGCGCCAGCCCACUGCUGAUAAAGGACUACAGGGUGACCGGAGACCACAUAGACCUUCGGGAGUUCUACUUCUCCAACGAGGAGUACUACCGCAAGCUGGAGCAACUGAAAAGAGCCCACCUGCGCACCAUGGCAGAGCUGGAGCUGAUGUACCGUAAGAAACUCCAGCUGAAGAGCACGGUGCCUGUGGACAGCACAGAGAGAGCCAACCGGCUGCAGUGGGGCAGAACAAGCCCAAGGCUGGUGGGAAGUCUGAAGAAAUCCUUCUCCGCUUACGAACUACGGCGAGGCCCGGGUUUAUCGGACGAGUCGGACGAUGAAUGCCACACGGAGGACGUGUCUGGUGAUGGGUUUAUCGAGAAAGGUCUUCUGCUCUCACCGAAAGAGCACAUUAAAAACAUGUGGCAGGGAUUCAGCGUGGACAAACUCUCUCCCCGCCAGCGACAACGUUCCUCGUCCUCUCUACACAGCCGGUCGAGUAACCGCCAAGGAGCCGUCCGCCCCAAGGGUAAAGGAAAAGGUCACAGGUCGAGGAAACUCAGAGCGGCCGAGGAGGAAAACGAGGGACAAGCAGGGUUGCGGCCGCGGACGACGGUGCCCAAACCGUUCCGGAUGAUGCUCCGGGAGGCCGAGCGGAAGCGCAAAGGCGUUAAGACACGGGCGGAGAUCGAGCAGGAAAACGCAGAGCUACGACAGCAGCUGGAAGAGCUCAUGGAGUGCCAGCGCAAGUUCCGCGCCACCCCGAUGCCAGCGCACGCACGGCUACCUCUAUACGAGGAGCUGCGAGAGCGGGAGGAGGAGCGUCGACGCCUCCAGCGGCAGAACGAGCAGCAGCGUCUGCACAGCUCUCAACGUCCCUUCAGCUUCCUGGAGCGGGAGAGGCUCAAGAAGGAGCAAAAGGAGGAGCAGCUCCGCGAACAGAUGCUCCAACUGUCCAAGGAGGAGGAGGAGAGGAGGCGCAGGCCGUUCAAGGCCAAGCCGGUGCCUCGGGCAGUGAGAGAGGCAGCGACGGGGGAGCUGCAGAAGGAAGAGGAGCUCUACCGUGCUAUAAAGAUGCAAAUGCGUGCAAAGGAGUUGCUCCACGGCGCCUCCAUGCCACCCAGCAUGCUAGCACGUCGCCUGAGUGAGAGGAGGGCGCAGAAAGAAGACCAGGAGAGAGAGGAGAAAGACGACGGCGCCAGCCACCGGCCGAAGAUCAACGCGGAGGUGCCCGACUUCGACGCCAGCUACAGAAGGUACCGGAAGCAGCUGGAGAGCCACCGCGACGUGCGGCCCGCGACGGUGUGCGAGCCGUUCAAGUUGAGGACGGCCAACAUCGCCUCGCAUCGGGAACGUAUCAUGGCGGACAUCGAAGCAGAUAGGCUGAGUCCUCGUGCCUCCCGUUGGCCUUUCUCGACCCCUGCUGCCACCUCCUCGCCCCGGACCCCAUCUUCCAGCCUUUGCUCAUCUCUGUCUGGCAGCCAGGAAUACCUGCCAGCCAAAAUCACAGAUGCUGCCAGGAAACGUCAAGAGGCCGUGAGGAAGGUUCUGGAACAGAGAAAGAGGGCAGAAGAAGACGAGGAGAGAUGGAGGGAGAGACAAAAGCAAAGAGAGCAGCAACUGCAGAGGGUGAUCACAAAGCGUGCCCAAGCAAAUGACCCUCAUCUCCCCCUGGCACAAACAUGCCAGUCUAAACUUAAGCAGUUCAGGAAGCAGGACAAACAGCGGCGCAGGGAAUACAGAGAGGAGAUGAGAGAGAUUCAGGAAAGAGUGAAGAGCAGGCCGCUGCUUCUGGAACAGGUUGCACAGCUGAAUGCUAAACAGGCUGCUGAGAAGCGAUACGCUGAUACUUUGCAUGAAUGCGGACUGACGGAGGCCUUCGUCAGCGGUAAAGCGCCAAAAAGCCAAAGUCAAAGCCCCCAGUCCCCUAACAGGGCUCUCACAUCCAGCCUGACCUUCAUCAAACUCAGUGAGGACGACAAGGACAGUUCUUUGGCAGAUGCACGGGAUAUUAAUGAGCCUUUCUCUGAUGAUUAUCCGGAUGAUUACGAAGAGUACGACCAAGAUACGGAGGCCAGAGAGACAGAGAAAGAGGACAAAGAUCAGAGUGAUGAAAAAGAAGACGGGAGAAACUCGGAGAGCGACCACAGUGAGCAUGAAAAGGCUGAAGAUGACUGUCGCUCACGUGACGCUGAUUCGUAUUCUGAUGAGGAUCAUCGGGGUAAUGACAGUGAUGAAGAGAGUGACAUCAUAAACAGGGGCGGGAGCAGCCACAGCAACAGAAGCAGUAGAAGUAGCCACAGUCGUCAUAGCAACAAAAGCCUGGAUGCCAACGAGGGUGGACAAAACAGUGUUGGCUCGUUGAGUGAUAGCAAGAGUGAAGGAGAACCAAGCUGA